UAAACAAAAUCCGCGAUGACGGUGUGUGUCCACAUCUGCGUGAGUUUUGUAUUGUCGGAGGAGCCAUCUGCUUUCCUUGCUGGAGCAACAGGAUUGAUUUGUAAAAGGAUCCACCCAUCGUGUUGUGGGUGGCGGAGGUGGAACACUUCAACAGCAGAUACGUGAAUUUGGAGGCUCCCUGUGAGCUGCCUUAUUUGAUCAAGUUUUUAGCAUGGAUGGAUACCACAAUGAUUGUAUAGUUUGUAGCUGAAAAUUGAUCAUUCACUAUGAGCUUCAGAGCUUUCGAGCUCGUUCCUGUUGUGGAGCGUCUCCCAUCGGAUCGGUCCAAAGUGGAAUGCUUUGAAUCGUUUGAAGAGAAUCUCUACAUCGGCACUUCGGAUUGCUGUGUAAUUUACUAUGUGAUUCUGCAAGGUGUGUCUCCCACUGGGAAGAUCACGUUUCAAUGUCAGCACAAGAAAUCAAGGCAACUGAGCUUCAAAAAGCCGAUUGAGAAGAUUAUAGUCGCCCGCGCCUUGUCGAGGCUGCUGGUGCUUUGUGAUGGAACUAUGGUAGUGCUGAACUCUUCAACUUUAGACGUCAUCCCAAUGAACGUCAAACAGCUGAAAUCCAUCUCCGACAUGUGCCCGAACGAGAGCUUAGAUGAGAGUGCACAUCUGUCAUUCGAAGUGAGCUUCUCAUUUAGCAAGCGCAAGUUUGUGUCUGUGUACACGCUGACGGAAGAUCGACUGAUCAUCAACAAGGAGCUCGCUGUUCCAGAGGCCAUUGCAAAGCUACGGCGUGAUGGACAGACCAUCUGCAUGGCAAGCAGCUCACUGUUCUACUUGCUGGAUAUUGAUAGUGGACACUGUCAAUCAUUCUUUCCUCUCGAUUGUGAGGUGGAGGCGGCGUUUAUCCAGCGAAUUGGCUCCGGCGAGUUCCUGCUGCGUGCCUCCGACCUUGGCGUCUUUACAGAUAGGCGAGGCGAGGCCAAGCGUGCGCCAUUGAGUCUACUAGGCAAGCCGUUCGAAGUGGCCUAUCACUUCCCCUAUGUACUAGCUCUAUCCUACGAUCAAGUUCAUGUGUACAGUGUGCUGACGGAGGAGCACAAACAGACGAUUGCCUUCCAAGGUGGCUGCACGCUGGGCAGCUUUGGCAAGCGUGUCCUGAUUGCCUCGCACCGCCAGGUCUACUGCUUGGCCAUGAUUGAACUGGAGCAGCAGGUGCAGCAUCUCUUCUCACAGGCUCAUGUCACCGAGGCGUUGUUCCUGGCGCAGGUCUCGCUGCUCGGAGACGGCUCAGCGACAACAUCCAACAAGAAGAACGAGAGACAGCUGAAGCGCUAUCAGCAGCAAGCUGGCUUUGCCUUCCUGUCACAGCUUCAGUUUGAAGAAGCAGCCGAGCAAUUCCACGAAUCCGGCUUGGAUUACCGGGAGCUCCUGGCACUGUUUCCUAACCUGUUAUCAAAGUCAUCCGACUUCCGGUCUCAGGCAACAGAAAUGGGUCUUCAUCGGUUCACUGAUGCUAGUACAAUGGUCAGUGGUGAUGUGAAGAAGCUGCAGCAACUCCAGGAGUUUGUUGUGUCCUUCUUGGAGGACAUUCGCAUGACGCAAGCAGUGCACGGCAAGAGAGACGACUUGGACACUGCUCUUCUCAAGCUUUUCGCCAUGGCAAACUCCAAGCAGCUGCUGGCAUUCAUCGGCGGAGAGAACACAGCUAGAGUAGAUGAGAGCAUUGAGACGCUGACGGAACACAAGCGCUACCAUGCCCUUGGUCUGUUCUACUGUUUUCACAACAUGCCGGAGAAAGCUUUGGAGACAUGGGUGCAGCUGAAUGAUGGCAAGCUGGUCGACCCAGCACAUCCUGGAAUGGAAUAUGUCGUGGAGUUCCUGGCUAGUCUAACUGAUCAUCACCUGGUUGGAAAGUUCGCUGUGUGGGCGCUUGACAAGGACCAGAACCUGGCGGCAACCAUCUUCACACACCGUCCACACAACGAGGCAGUGUCUGAGUUCACCCGGCCCGACUUUGUCUUGGACUACCUCUCCAAGUACUCGGUUGCGUUGCGCAUCUACCUGGAGCACCUUGUCUUCACAAAGAAGCUAGAAAAGGAGAAGUAUCACACUCACUUGGCUGUCCUCUACUUGGACGAGGUGCUCGACUUGCAGAAAGCCGAGAGCUGUGCCGGUGGUGAGGAGGCAGCUGCAUCGGCGGCAGAGAGCCAGCGGCUAAAGGAUGCUCGCCAUCGCCUAUGCCGCAUGCUUGAAACAUCUAACCUGUACCGAGUGACGCUGCUGCUUGGCAAGAUCCAGGACACCAGCCUCUACGCAGAGUCGGCCAUUCUUUAUGGCAAACUGGAGCAACAUGAGAAGGCUCUUCAGCUUCUAGUGCACCGCCUCAAGGACUACGCCGGUGCGCAACGCUACUGCACAAUAAACUCCAUGGAUCGUGAUGUGCGGUACCGCCAGCGACUCUUCCUGGCACUAUUGACUGUCUACCUGACUCCUGUGGAAGGGCAAGGCCAGCUACUAGUCGUUCAAGCCAUGGACUUGCUCAACAGCAGCGAGGCCGAGUUUGACGUUGCCCAAGUUCUCCAGAUUCUGCCCGAGACCUGGCCGAUCAGCCUGAUCUCUAACUUCUUGUCUCGCUCCAUCCGCCACUCCAUGACACGGGCGCGCUCUAGUCGCUUGCAGCACAGCCUGGCGCGCGGAGAGGCACUCCAGGUCAAGUACCGCUUCAUCCGCGAUCACUCUAAGCCAAUCAUCAUCACAGAGGACAGGCAAUGUGAUUACUGUCAGCGACCGUUCAACGAUGCAGCAUUUGUCCGCUACCCGAAUGGUAUUGUGACUCACUUGCACUGCUCGCGCCGUAAGGAUUUGUGUCCCGUAACGGGCAAGUGGUUCGGUUCCAAUGAUCCUCCCUCUUGAUAAUUGGUGGCUUGCGGCUGCUGCAGUUGCGUACUGACUAGUCCCUCGUGUGUGUGUGUGUGUGUGUGUGUGUGUGUGUGUGUGUGUGUGUGUGUGUGUGUGUGUGAGAGAGAGAGAGAGAGAGAGAGAGAGAGAGAGAGAGAGAGUGAGUGAGUGAGUGUGUGUGUGUGUGUGUGACUGAGGGUGUGUGUGUGUGUGUUUGUGUGUGUGUGUGUGUUUGUGAUGUGCGUCUUGUGUGCGUCAGAAUAUAUUUUUUCACUAUUCCUACGUCUUUGUGAGCUGCAUGCUGGUCAUGUACAUUUUGGUUUCAGUACCGCCUGUGUAUGUCUGUUCACAUUUAUUUUUAGCAUAUGGAAAUCUUAUCUACGCUAGAAGAAGUCUCUUCCUUCUUCCGGCCUGUUUCUGCAUUUAAAAUUGAAAUUGCCGUUGCCUUUGACCAAUUUGAGCCCUUUAGACGUUGUCGAAAGUUCCCUUACAUUCUGCACUGUAUACUGUGGUUAUACGCUAGAAGAUUAAUUUUUCACCCCGAGCAAGAAUCCUUUACCGAGUAUCACCCUGGGCUUUACGAAAUGGCUUCUCGAGUCUGUUCUUGCAAGCCUUGGCCCUUUGAAUACCAUACUGAUCUUCACCACUAUCUGUAUCAACAGCUAUUUUUUACGCAUCAAAUGCCAACGGCCACAGAGUAGAGUCUACCACUGAUAAGUAUCAUGAGUAUAGCAUGAGAAUAAUUAUGAUGAUUGAAGAGUCUAAGUUGUUUGAUCCAUUUUGCACGAGUAGCUCGC